AUGCAUCCCCAUUCCUUUUACAUCUUGCCUAAUAAGAAGAGGCUUCUUGAUGAGUACAAGGAUAAGAAAGUCGACGACCUUCCUACUCCGUCACUCCUCAUAGACAAGACCAAGUUCACCAACAAUGCCAUUCGUAUGUUGGACGCUGCCAAAGAAUUGAAUGUUGAUUUCAGAGUCCACAUCAAGACACUCAAGGCUGCUGAAGGUGUGAGGAUUCAAUUGACCGGAGACGGCCUGUACCACUCCCAUAAGAUAGUUGUGUCCACACUCCCUGAGGCAUGGUUAAUUUUGCCACUAAUUGACGAUGGCACCGUCAAGGAUAUUUUGCUUGGUAUUCCAAUUGCAAAACUGGUGUUGCCGGAAGUGGCACGUUUUCUGAAAUUGGUGCCUCUGUUCAAGCUUAUGGUUGAUGAUGAGGCACAGAUCGAAGCGCUUGAGACAUACGCGAUCGAGCACGGCGCCAGUUGGGAGGUUUUUGUGAAAGUCGACAUGGGCACUCAUCGUGCAGGGCUUGAGCAGGGAUCGAGUAGGCUCCACUCUUUAAUUCAGAAAAUUGUGCUGUCGAGCUCUGUUAAGUUGCAUGGCUUCUACUGCCACGCCGGCCAUUCCUACGGGGCAAGAUCUGAUUCGGAUGCACACACUUUGUUGGUGGAAGAGAUCAGACACGCCAACCUUGCUGCCAAGCAUGCACUCUCUUUGAACCCAGAUUUGGAUUUGCAUGUUUCUGUGGGUGCUACACCUACUGCGCAUGUCUCGCAACAAGUCAAGAGCGUGCAAGCAAUUGAGGAUGCGGUUGGGGAGAAGCUUGUAGCCAAAUUGGAGCUUCAUGCUGGCAACUACACCUGCUGUGACCUCCAGCAGGCAGCUACAAAUUUGGUUGGCAUCGAGGACAUCUCAAUCUUCCUCCUUGCAGAGGUCCUCUCCGAAUACCCAGACCGUGGUCCUAAAGGACCAGGUGAACAGUUGAUCAAUGCCGGAGGUAUCGCUUUUUCCAAAGACACCGGACCAACGCCUGGUUUCGGUCAAAUUGUGAGUCCGCCGGAGCACAAGGGGUGGUUUGUUGCCAGAGUUAGUCAGGAACACGGCGUUUUGCAACCAGAAGCAGACAAUUUGAAAUUCAUUCCCUACGGCACGAAAAUCCAGGUUGUGCCUCAGCACGCUUGUAUGACUGCAUCAAACCACGCUUGGUACUACAUCAUCGAAGAUGGCGUUGUGGCUGAUAUCUGGGUGCCCGCUAAGCUUUGGUAA